GUUGUUGUAGGCAUUAUAAUUGUUAUGAAGACGGCGCAAAGAAAUUUACCCCGGGUUUUAGGCUAGGUGUUGAUUAUGUUGAGGAUAAAACUUGGUUUUACCAUUUGGCCACAUGCGACAUGUUUAUGAACGACUCGCAUAUGAACACCAUAUUCUAUUACCUUCGGAAAAAAGGUAAGUAUUCUUCCGCUGUGACGUUGAAUUUCGCAACCACUGAUUGUCUUUUUGAUGAUUCCAUCCAAGCAUUGUACCACAAAUUUAACAAGGCCAAGUCAAUGAAGACUAAGAUGUCACACAUUCACGCUGCCCACCCAAUUGCGCAUUACAUCCGAGGUAUGCGCAUUCCCUGUUCCAAGCCUUGGUAUGAAGCCGAUCACGUGCUUUUCAUCAUCAAUUUAAGAAGGGAAAGUCAUUGGGUUUUUGGGCGUCUUGACGUGCACGAAAGGACGUUAUUUCUGUACAAUUCUUUGAGAACCGCGAAGAUGAAUGCCGCAGCUAGGAAUGCGAUGAAGGCUUAUUCCGUGUUGCUGCCUUUGUUUUUCGAUUUACUUGGGUUCUGGAAGAAUAGAGCAGAAGUUCCUGCCUCAGUUUCUGACCCUACAGCUCCAUUCAGAAUCGUGGAGCUUAGUGGUCUUGCGUCUCAGCAGAAGAAUGAUUGUGGAGCAUAUGUUGCUGCCUUUGCUGAAUUCUUUAUACACGGAAAGGAUGUCCCUGCAGACUUUGACAUCGAAGUUUAUCGAACCCGACUAGCUGCACUUUUCUACUCGUACGGACAAAGGAAAAUUGACGAAAGUAUUGACAGCGAGGAUGAGAAGCAAUCCAAGUCUUCUAAGGCAUCUAAAUUGAAGAAAUAGGAACUUUUAAUUUGGUGGCUCUAUUAUGUUAUUUGUUGAAUCUAUUUACUUGACAAGUUUUAGUGUUGUUGUUUCAAUGUAGGUAUUAUAUUUGAUUUUAUACUAUGUAGCUGGUUUAAAACUUUUAGGAUAUUUGACAUUCACUCCUUAUAAUAUCUUUAUUGUAUAGGUUUGUAUUUCCCAAAGUUGUGUGUUUUUUUAAUUGUUCAAGUUCUUAUAUACGGUCGCACAACUAUGGAGAAACUAUUAACCAACUAAAUACAAACUAUGUUUUCAUUUUUCCUAAAUAGUGCUAUGAAUGUAUAUUUAUUCUUCGUAUUCCA